CAUUUGGGUUCACGGAAAAAAAAGAUUCGUUGCAUUCUCAUCAUAAAUAAACUAAACACUCUCUCAACUCUUCUUCUACCUCCUUCCUCCGGCAACUCCCACUCCCACUGCCACCGCCGCUUCUCUGCUACUUUCCACCACCAACAAUGACAUCCAGUAAUUCCACUUCACUCACCCAAUUCGCUCAAAGCAUUUUCUCCUACAACAGCAACAUCAUGCUCGCCGCUCUCAUUUCUCUUCUCUUAGUCGUCCUCUUCGUCCUUCUCCUCCACGCUUACGCCAAUUGCUUCUUCCCUCACCCUCGACACCGCCGUCGUACCUCUGUCACCGUCUCCUACGUCCUUGCUCCGCCUCGUCUCUCGCGUUUCGAUUCCGUCGUUCCCUUUGAUUUAGGUUCCGCUCCGUCCAAAGGCCUGGAUCCGUCUGUUAUCUCUGCCAUUCCUCUGUUCGUCUACGAGUCGGAGGAGAAGAAAUGUGCGGCGGCGAUGGAGUGCGUGAUUUGCCUCAGUGAAUUCGAAGAACGAGAACUUGGACGACGGUUGCCCAAAUGUAGGCAUGGAUUUCAUCUGGAGUGUAUUGAUAUGUGGUUGAAUUCUCACGCGAAUUGUCCUGUCUGUAGAGAGCCCGUGAUUGGCGAGGCUGUGGAUUGUUCCGACGCGGCGGAAUCGGGCGAGGGAGAAAUCGGAAGGGAGACUGUGAAUGAGGGGCAAAGCGGUCAAUUUAACUCUGAUUCUUCUUCUUCUUCUUCGAUUGAUCCACCACCAUUGAUGUCGUCGAUUGGAGCGUCAUUGAUUCGAAUAUUGAGUAGAAACAGAUCAGACGGAAGGAUUUUCCCGUCCUCGAAUGGCGAAGAAUUGGAUGUUUGAAUAAUUAUGGAAGAAGCUAAGCAUUGGAUCCGCCAUUUUUGUACAGAUUUUCAAGAAAUGAAAACUUCAUCUCCUCC